AUGUCACUAGUAGAUUUGGGAAAGAAACUUUUAGAAGCUGCACGAGCAGGUCAAGAUGACGAAGUUCGCAUUUUGAUGGCAAAUGGAGCACCUUUUACCACAGAUUGGUUGGGAACGUCUCCGCUUCAUCUAGCAGCGCAGUACGGACACUACUCAACCACGGAAGUGUUGCUGCGAGCAGGUGUAAGUCGGGAUGCCAGAACCAAAGUGGACAGAACUCCCUUACACAUGGCAGCAUCAGAAGGCCAUGCCAGCAUAGUGGAAGUCUUACUUAAGCACGGCGCUGACGUCAACGCAAAGGACAUGCUCAAAAUGACUGCGCUGCACUGGGCUACCGAACAUAACCACCAAGAAGUUGUAGAACUCUUAAUAAAGUACGGGGCGGAUGUUCACGCUCAGAGUAAAUUUUGCAAAACGGCGUUAGAUAUUGCGAUAGACAAUGGAAAUGAAGACCUUACAGAAAUACUACAGAUUGCAAUGCAGAACCAAAUCAAUACAAAUCCAGAGAGUCCGGACACUGUGACAAUACAUGCAGCAACACCACAGUUCAUCAUCGGACCUGGAGGGGUGGUGAACCUAACAGAUGAAACGGGAGUGUCUGCUGUGCAGUUUGGAAAUUCAUCGACGUCCGUACUGGCCACGUUGGCGGCUUUAGCAGAAGCGUCAGCUCCCCUGUCUAAUUCUUCAGAAACACCAGUUGUGGCCACGGAAGAGGUGGUGACUGCAGAAUCUGUGGAUGGUGCUAUUCAGCAGGUUGUCAGUUCUGGAGGUCAGCAAGUUAUUACUAUAGUUACAGACGGCAUUCAGCUUGGUAACCUGCAUUCGAUUCCGACCAGCGGAAUAGGGCAACCCAUCAUUGUGACCAUGCCAGAUGGACAGCAAGUAUUAACAGUUCCGGCAACAGACAUUGCUGAAGAGACCGUGAUAAGCGAAGAACCGCCAGUGAAGAGACAGUGCUUCGAGAUCGUUGAAAAUCGCGUGGAGUCGGCGGAAAUCGAAGUAAGGAGCUUGUUACGCGAUGUGUUGUAUGCUGUAUCAGAACCUAAAUUUUCAGAGGAAAGAGAAACUCUGCAGAAGCAACUGGACGAGGCAAACCGAGAAGCGCAAAAAUACCGUCAGCAGCUUCUAAAGAAAGAGCAAGAAGCAGAGGCCUAUCGGCAGAAGUUAGAGGCAAUGACCCGCCUCCAGACUAACAAAGAAGCCGUUUAAUAGAAAAUGAACGUCCUGCAACGCCCGUUGCUUUCAGAGCCCGCCGUACAACCUUGAGCUGUGCGCUGGAUGGCUGCGACACCGGAUGACGUGACGGAGAAGAUGCCACGAGUCGAUGCCUGGACUUAAGCCGUGAGCUCCGAGGACUUCUUGUAACAUAAAAACUCUGACUUUAGAAAUUGUGAAAAGUAUUUAAAAUGAAAUACUGUAAAUAGUUGUUUUUUUUACAGUUUCAAAAUGAGUUGAUAAAUCUUUUUGAAGGGAUCCAGAAACAUGAGAAGCCAAUGUUUUUGUGAAAUUUUUGAUUUUAGUAUGAAUCUAACUUCCGAAAAACAGAACAGUUUUAAGGGUGAUGUUGAUUUAAGCUGACCGUUUGAAAAUGAAUCACGUGACAAAAUUAAUUCACAGUUAUUUCCACGUGGCAACAACUUAAACUUCUCCAAAUAAGAUGUUUCCAGGUGGAAAUCUCGGUACAGCUUUAAGUAGCUGUCUCAGAGUCUCGGAAAACCAUUUUUGGUUGGUUUUGGG